AUGGACAUCUCACUCGACAAGACGACACUAUCGACGAUAUCUCUCCUCGAAUCGCGUCUGCUACGCAUCGAGCAUCUCUUAUACGGCCCAUCGGCACCCUCGAACUCCUCCCAGACAGAUUCGGCUGUCGACACGCUAGAGGAUCUCGAGCGCCGCUUCAACCACCUCCUAUCUCGCAUCCGCGUAUACGGCGAAUUGAUGAAGAUCUACAACGCCUACCCAACUCUCUUCCAACCCCCACCUCCUUCCGAGGCGCCCAUCCACCUCGCCCCCGAAGCAAUCCAAGCCACCGUCCUCGCCUCCGCGGCCGCCUUUCCGGCGACAGCCUCGUCCCUGACCUCUGUCAACGACUGCCCCAUCCCCGAAUCAUCGCAGAGCGCGGCGCUCGCCUCCCUCGCGCCCAGACUGCACGGCAUCGAAGCCACCCAGAUCGCCCAAGCCGCCGAGAUGGCCGAACUGCGCGCCCGGAGCGAGGAGGUCCUCCAGACCUGGUACCAGCAGGGCGUCCUGGGAGUCUCAGAUUUCGUCGCCGACGUCGAGGGCCGGGUGGAGAUGGUUGAGCGCCGUGUGCGGAGAGCCGAACGGGAGAGGGAGGCAGCGGCGGCCAUUUGA